CACAAGUACAGCCUACCAGCCACUAUAGCCUUCGGCAUUUACAGUCAUUAUAGCGUGUGAGGCCACUCCGGCUCUUAGCUGCUGAUCCACUCUUCCUUUCGCCCUUGAGACGUAGAGAGCCCAAGCACUGCAGCAAUGCCUGCUCCUGGUGUGUGUAUGAACAUAUUGGAGGCCCGUCACAAGCAAGAUGGUUCUGGGAGCUUCGACAACCCUUUAAAGUUCUUCAAUCAAGACUACCAGCAGAUCAAACAGUACUGUAUCAGCCAUAACGUAAGAUGGGUUGACAACGCAUUCACCCACGACCAAUACUCCAUUGGUGAAGGGUUACUGGAGCCUCAGGACCUGGCCCAUGUGGUGUGGCUGAGACCACAGUUAAUUGCUCCUAGGCCAGCCUUUAUACUUGACGGAAUCUCCAGGUUUGACUUUGGUCAAGGAAAAGUUGGUGACUGCUGGUUUCUUGCUUCUAUUGGAGCUCUGACAUUCUGUAACGACAUCCUCAAGCAAGUUGUCCCUCAAGAACAAGCAUUUGAUGAAAAAUACUGCGGGGUGUUCCACUUCAGGUUCUGGAGAUUUGGAAAGUGGAUCGAUGUUACCAUUGAUGACAAGCUACCAACCCUUCAUGGGAGGCUAAUCUUUGUUCGCUCCAAAGACCAAAAUGAGUUCUGGCCUGCUUUGCUGGAGAAAGCCUAUGCCAAAGUGUGUGGUUCCUAUGCCGAUAUGAAUGCUGGAACUCCUGUCGAGGCGAUGAUGGACUUCACGGGUGGUGUUCACAUGCGUAUAAAGCUGGAGCCCACUGCAAAGCUGUGGGACCUGAUGAACAGGGCUGGCCAAUGCACAUCACUGAUGGGCUGCAGUACACAUCAAGGGGAGACAUCUGCCAACAAUACACUACCAAAUGGAUUGGUCCAAGGCCAUGCCUACACUGUCACAGGUUUGAUCCAAGUGAUGAGCCAAGGGAAAGUAGUGAGCCUGGUGCGUUUGUGGAACCCCUGGGGCAGCGUAGAGUGGAAGGGAGACUGGAGUGAUCGGUCACCUUUGUGGCAAACCGUGAGUGCUAAAGAUCGUGAAAUGUGCCUUUCAGUGGCUGACGAUGGAGAGUUUUGGAUGAACUUUGAGGACUUUUGUCAGUUCUACACAGAUAUUGACAUCUGCUCCACAACCCCCAAAUUCAUUGAUGGAGGCUCCUCCAAACACUGGAAGACCUCCAGGUUUGAGGGCAGAUGGGUUGCAGGAACAACUGCUGGAGGACACACAGCACACAAAGGCAGCUUCUGGACUAAUCCACAGUAUCGGGUCAAGAUUUCUGAUGAUCUUUCAGAUUCAGAUGGAAAGAAACAUGUGCUUGUGUCUCUCAUGCAAAAGUCUGACAAAAGGAACAGACACCUGGUCCAUAAGUUCAACAUUGGACUCUUUGUGUUUGAGGACCAGGGGCAGAAGGGGAAGUUCCCCGCCUCUUUCUUCAGCAAUCGGACACCUGUUGCCUACACUAAAACCUUCAAUCCUGAACGUGAGGUGAUGGAGCACCUGAAGCUGAAGCCUGCUGAAUACCUGAUUGUGCCAACCACCUUCAAUCCCAAUGAAUCAGCUGCCUUCAUCCUGACAAUCCUCUCCAAGGGAGAGACCCACGGCUAUGAAACUUCUGGUGACCAUGGAGAUGAGCCAGUAAAAAUGAUCAAAAAGGACAGAAAUGUAAAGGAUGAUGAGAACAGGAAAACUGUUUUCCGCCAAUUCUCCGACCACCAUAAAGCAGUGGAUGCUGAGCAGCUCCAGAUGCUCCUAAAUGAAAAAAUCCUAAAAGGAGACCUGAAAUCUGGAGGCUUCAGCAUUGAUGCCUGUCGCAGCAUGGUUGCUCUGAUGGAUACAUCGAUCACCGGCAAACUGAACUGUGAGGAGUUUGUUCAUCUGUGGAAUAAGGUCACGCAAUACAGGGAAAUUUUCUUCCGCACUGAUGUUUCACAAACUGGAACGCUGUCAUUGAGUGAGCUGAGGAACGCUUUCACGACUGCAGACAUCAAGGUCAGUGAUGACAUGCUCAAUUUGAUGGCUGUGCGUUAUGGAGCCUCCUCUGGACACAUGACGCUGGAGAGUUUCAUCAGUCUCAUAAUGCGCUAUUCCUGCAUGAACAAAAUCUUCAGUCAGCUGUCUGGGGAUGGAAGAGUCCUGAAUCUUGAAAAGAUAGAGUGGAUGCACAUUUCAAUGUAUACUUAAUCCUACAAGGACGAUGGAUGGCAAAACUCAUCAUAAAAUACAAUUUUCUUUUCAGCUGCCAAAUCUCAUAAUAGAUUAAGAAAGUAUUCCUUUGCAACUGAGCCAUUACACCCUUUAUAAUGUAACUAGAGGGAAUUUUCUGCUUUACAUUACUUAUAUUGCAUUGCAAUAAACAUUCAUGUCCAUACACAACAUAUCCAAUCCUAUAACAUGAAGCCACAUAACUUUUAUACACAUUCUGUUAGACUGGAGAUGGAAUAUUUAGUUACUGCAUUUUUUAAAUUUCAGUAGAAUUACAAUGCUUACUGCUUAUCUUUUCAUUCUGACAUUUGGGAACAAAUACAUUUCAGAUUUCAGUUUAUGACAUGGUCUCAUUUGAACUGCAAAAACCAUGUAAACCAUUUUCUACAAAUAAAAACUCUUUGAG